GACCCUUACUGUAUUGAGUUUUUGAUGCUUUAUGAAGUAUGAAGCUGUUACAGAAAGGCUGUGUUGUAUUGCAACAAAACACAAUUUGUUACACCAUUGAAUGCCUUGGUAAUUCAAGGGCAAUAACUGGGAGGACUACAGUGCUCAAUCAAGGGAGCUCAUUGUGGAAGAAAUGUUAUACUGUUCUAUGCAAAGACAGAACUUCAGCUAAAGAAAAAUGUUCAAUGUACUCACAUUUACAAAGACAAACUCAAGAUUUGUCCAAGUUAUUUUCUUUCCAUCACACACAUGCAAAUAAGUCUCUUGUAUUCAAAAGGAAAGUUAAUUGUAAGAUUACAAGAUUAAAAGAAUGGAAUGGAAUUUUAAAUGUAACCUCAUAUCGUAAGCAAUGCUUAAGACAUUGUUCCUCGAAUUUGCUUACCAGUGGUAAAAGUUUUGUAUUGCAUCAUGUCACACAACGAGGGAUGAAAACUGGACCUGAUCAAGCAGGUCUGAAGGAUGAUGAAAUUCUGAACCCACUUGAUAGACUUCAAAAAUUUGUUUCUGUUCCAUUACUUCCUAGUGAGAAGCAUAUAUUUAAGCCAUCAAAACGGGAAGUUGUUCAAGCCCAGAAGAUGUACGUACAGAGUCCCAACAACAAUAUUCAGUUUUUGAAGUCAGCUUUGUUUGAGGACCAGUUGCCAGAUUAUGAUUUACCAGAGGUGGCAUUUAUUGGCAGAAGUAAUGUAGGAAAAUCAUCAUUGAUUUCAAUGCUACUCAAUCAAUCUGAUGCCUUUGUUAGAAUUUCCAAAAGCCCAGGUCACACAAAGCUAUUAAACUUUUUCCAGGUAGGGAAGAAGUUUACACUAGUUGAUAUGCCUGGUUACGGCUACAAUAUGCCACAUCAUUAUGCUGACUCGGUUGAAAGCUUCCUUAACUCAAGGAAAAAAUUGAGUCGUACAUUUAUCUUGAUAGAUAGUGUUGUAGGUGUGACAGAAAAUGAUGUGAUAGGACUGAAUAUGCUGGAAGACUUCUCUAUACCUUAUGUUAUUGUAUUGACUAAGAUUGACAAAAAUAAACCAUCUACAUUAUUGAAGAGUUUUAUGACAGUUCUACGAUAUAGAGACAAAACACAGCACUGUUUUCCACAGCCUUUCUUGGUGAGUUCAGUAACAGGAGAAGGUAUACCUUUACUUAAGGCUUUCAUAGCAUAUGUGACAGGAAAUUUAAAGGUGAAAGGUCUCUGACAGGAAAACUACUGGUACUCUACUUAUAGUACAACAACUAAGUGUUAAGAAAUAUUAAAAGAAAUGAAUAAAGGGGGAUUUAAAAUAGUUUACUAUAGAAGUAUGCAAUACAUUGCUGAACAUUUGAAAGAUUGAAUAAAGUGAAGAGUUUGUUUAAUAGUUACACAAAACCCACCUUUGAUGAUAGUUCUAAGAACUGUGUGAUGAUAUAGUUUUAACAACUGGAGGAUAAAUUUAAUGUAAACAGUAUAUAGAACACUUUACAAAUAUAUAUGUUUGCAGAUAUCGUUAUUACACUCCAUUAUGCCAUAGUAACAUACUGUGUUUUAAUAUAUGUGUGGCAGAUAUUGCUAAGUUAGAACAGUGGACUUCCCACAUCAGGAAAAGAGUGAAAUAUGAUACAUUGAAAAUCAAGUUCAUUGUAAGCAAUAUGCAAUUACCUUGUGUCCAGCUCCAGCCAAUGUGUCCAGCUCUUAGCAGGAGAUAUAAUAAUACUAAUUUGCUAAAGGGUAAAGGCUUGUUGGCAUAAUUGGCAAUGUUUAUAAAUGCACAAGCUUAGCUUUUCUGUAAAGCAUGUUUUAUUUGAGGAAUAAUCAUUGACAAUAUUUUUGGACAAAAUUCUGCUCCCAUUUUGUUUGUAUUAUGUGCUUAUAUUUUAUAUACAGUUAAGUGAAAGGCAAGUAAAAUAUCCACACUUUAUUUUCUUUCUUUCUUUGUGUUUUUAAUCAGCCAUUGUUAAUUGUAAUCACAUUACAUUUGA